AUGGGAUGCGGAUCAACAUGGAGAUCACGCUGCCCAAGAAGGAGAGGCCCAAGAAGGAGAAGGAGCCGCCGGCGGCGCCCGAGCGGCCCGCCGCGCCCAUCGGCAACGUCCUCGAGGAGCAGAGGUUCCCCGAGCCGGUGUACUUCCAGAGCGUCGACUGCGUGGGGGUCCCCAACUUCUUCUCGCACGCCCGAGUGCCGCAAGAUCGUCGACUACGCGGAGACCCUCCGGUUCAGCGUCCAGCAGCGCGCCCGCGUGCUCAACAUGCAGUGGGUCGACAUCGUCGACGGCGACUUUGCCGAGGCGAUCUGGUCUCUGUGCGGCCUGGGGUGGUUCUUCCGGACCAUCUCUGUCGAUGGCCUCGUCCCGUGCGGGCUCAACGAGGUCAUCCGCAUCCAGAAGUACGGGCAGGGCUGCCUGUUCGGGAGGCACACCGACCAGUACGUGAAGCGGGCGGACGGCAAGGUGUCCAAGUACUCGCUGCGCGUCUUCCUCAACGGCAGGGAGGAGCGGUGGUUUGAGGGCGGCAUGAGCGCCUUCCACGUGCCCUUCCGGCAGGAGCCCGUCGUCUUCGAGCCCGAGACGGGCCUGGCUCUCCUCUACCCCCAGGGCGAGCACUGCGCCGUGCAGGAGGAGACGGAGGUGUUCGCGGGCACCAAGUACGUGCUCCGAGCGGACGUCCUCUUCUGCAGGCCCGAGGACUUGCCGCCGCACCGCAGGCCGGGCGCCCCCUGA